CUUAGCAGCCCAUUCCAUUUUCACUAGGCCCAAAAACCUUUUUCUUUCACCCCUUAACCUUUCCACAAAAACGACUUCAAACACUAGCCACUGGCCAUCGCCGUUAACUGUAACACCGUCACCGUCCACUGCGAUUUCUCGUCGUUAUAAAGCCGUUCCAGAAAUGGUGAUUCCUCCACCAGUUAGACCAGAAAGAGUGCUGAAGUAUCUCAAACCUUACGUGCUAAGGAUGCACUUCACAAACAAGUACGUAAAUGCUCAAGUAGUUCACACACCAACGGCAACAGUGGCUGCUUCCGCAAGCACACAAGAGAAAGGCUUAAGGCUUGCCAUGGUAGAAGCAAAAGAAAAUACUAGAGAUGUUGCUGCCGCUGCAAAAAUAGGCAAGUUGUUGGGAGAGCGGUUGCAGGUUAAAGGUGUUCCGGCCAUAUCUGUUUUCUAUAAGAGAGAGCAACGAUACCAUGGGAAGGUCAAAGCAGUUAUUGAUUCAGUGAGAGAAGCGGGGAUAGAAUUGGUUUGAUUGGAACAAGAUGACCAUUUUCUCGUUUCAUGACCUGCCGGAUUUCCUCUUCUAGGCAAAGGAUUUAUGUAUUCGACUACCUUUGUCCAAUUUUGCUAGCUAAGCUCUAUUUGGACAAGUUUAUCGUCGUCUUAGUUCUUGCAACUGGAACAAUGUGUUGUUUGCAAUGUAUAGGAUGUCACUUCUGACAUUCCCUGUGCCAACUUUAUGAUCACUUGGGUAUACAUCUUUUGUUUUGGUA